CUAUCGUUUGAAGAGGUGGGGCUGAUUGGCUCAUUCUGUCAUUGCGCGCGAAUCGAGUGUUCGGAAUUCAAACAUUGUCAAUUGUGUUCGAAAUUUGAAAUGUUUUUGUGAACAAUAGUGCAAGUGUUCCGAAAUGUCGUCGUUACAUUCUGAUGAUGAUCAGGAGGAGAUAAAUGUAGAUUCUGACAGCAGACUCUCCGGCCAGUGCGACAGAAGUGGUUCCGAAGACCAUGACUCCGACUACCACGACAGAUACCGCGACUCACCCCACAUCACGGAAACCCAGCCGCGGGUCAACUUACCAUUUAGCAUAUCGAGACUAUUAGGAAAACAAUUUGACAUAGAAAAACGUAAUUCUGGUGAGAGUGACGAAAGAAGUGACCAGGACACAGAGUCUGAAAGUGCCAGGGAUGAUGGGAAGGACAAUUUAGCUUUGAAUUUUACCCAUAACCCUAUGUAUACGAACUCUGGGUUAUUGUUACGGCCCGGGUUAGGUAUUGGUGGUGGGUAUGGGUUUUCCACCAACCCAGGGGUUGUGAGGGUGCCAGCUCAUAGAGCCUUGGGUGCGUUGGGGGCUUGGGGGGUGGCUCUGGAUCCUAUGAGGCAGGCAGCCGCGGCGGCCUUUGCACACCAAGUUGUAAAGGAUAGAUUGAAUGCAUCAUUUCCAAUCACCCGACGGAUCGGUCAUCCGUACCAGAACAGAACUCCACCGAAGCGCAAAAAACCAAGGACCUCCUUCACAAGGAUGCAGAUAGCAGAAUUAGAAAAGAGAUUUCACAAACAGAAGUAUUUGGCUUCAGCGGAAAGAGCCUCCCUCGCUAAGACGUUGAAGAUGACCGACGCUCAGGUCAAGACCUGGUUCCAGAAUCGACGGACGAAGUGGAGACGCCAAACAGCUGAAGAGCGUGAAGCGGAACGUCAAGCAGCUAACCGCUUAAUGCUUUCACUUCAAGCUGAAGCGCUAAGCAAGGGUUACAUCCCCGAACCACCACCUGGUGCAUCGCUGUCAGCGCUUCAUUAUCAACAGAACACCGCACCUCCUGCGUCCAAUACAGCGUUAAGCGCAUUACAGAAUUUACAGCCAUGGGCCGGGAACCAUGGCUCUUUUAUAAACCCUCCUAAUACAGCGCCAUCAGCGCAUCCACCGCCUGUUGCGUCACCGAUUUGCUGAAUUCGUUCCAAAUUCAAAAAAGUUUAUUUUUUCAUUCUAUGUAAAGAGGUUUUAUUCUAUGAUACUUUCAUGAUGUAUUACGUAAUUCGUGUCAUGCUCUAUUUACGAACUAUGGUAGAUUUGUUCCUUUUUAUAAAAUGGCCGACUCUAAAUUCAUACGCUUAAUAUCAUUGUCAGUCUUAGUAGGCUAGUGAUGAAAUGUUUGCCCCAUUAUGAAAUGA